CGGUUCGGCAACGGCUGGAGACGCAGGUUUUCAGAAUGACUUCCUUGGAUGACAUGCCCUUGAAUUAUGAAAAGAUGUUUGCUCAUCGAUUCACAUCAGAUGAUGAAGAGUACCAAGAAUAUCUGAAACGUCCUACAGAUCCCCCUCCUAUAGUUGAAGAAUGGAGGAACAGAUCUGGGGGCAACCAGAGAAACAGAGAUCGGUUUCAAGAUGGUAGAUAUUUUAGAGGGGACAGAUACAACUGGCAAGGUGACUACAGAUCUAAUCAGAGGCCAGAAAGAAGUUGGGGUAAUAACUACCAGCAGCACAGACAAGGGCAAUCAUACUCCUCUCCCUAUGGACAAUAUGGCUACAACUCCUACAACCCAGGGCCUCGUUACCAUCCCUACUGAUGACACUUGUGGUUUGAGAGUCCAGCAAUGCUAUGUAACAAAUUCCGUUAGUCCUCAGUUUUCUUGUUUUUCCACAGUUUUAUAGAUAACUGAAGAAUGAGUGUUUACAGUCCAUUGUUCUUUAUCUGUAGUGUGAAUUGAAAAAGGGAACACCUCUUGUGAAUAAUAAAAGAAUAUUAUAUGGAGACUGUUUAGAGUCUGUAGCUGUUAGAUUAAAUGUCCAGCAUUCUUUUGUCUGAAUACAUACUAGUACACUUCCAUCACCAACAUUUCUCUCUUAUUCUUUAUAAAACAACAGGUCAGGGGAAAACAGCUGCAGUUUGUGUGCAGCCUGUAGCAAUGGCACAUUGCCUUAAGAUAGGUCUUUUUGAA